UUAUUUUCUUUGUUUGCCCGACGCUCUAAUAAUCUCGACUCGACGCUGACAAAAUGAAAUUUAGCUCGAUCCAAGUGGACGCUACACUGUUUUCGAAGCACUAAACCCUAUCUCUCUACAUCUCCUAUUCCAUCCCUCUCUCGCCGCCAAGAACCACCAUACGUGAAGCUGCUAGAGAGCUUCUCUAGUCUACACCGCAUCUCGCAAGAUAAUGGAUCGUAGUUGGAUGUAUGAUAGGAUCAAUCCACAUAGGAAAGGCUUGAACUAUGAGUUUGUUAGUGGAGUUCAGGAGUUUAUUAAGAAGGCCAAGGAACAACCCUGCUUUUUGUCCGAGAGAAAGAUCAAGUGUCCAUGUGCAAUGUGCAAGUGUGUGAAGUCUUUAACUCCAAGAGAGGUGAAAACGCAUUUGUACAAGAGUGGGUUUCAACUAAACUAUUUGGUCUGGACCGAGCAUGGAGAACUUGAGCAAAAUAUUUGUCUAGGGAGUCAAUCGAAUAGCAGUAGACAUAUGGAGGAGGAGGAUCCCAAAACUCCACAUAUGGAGGCGCAGGAAGAGGAGGAGGAUCCCAAAGUUCCUCAUAUGGAGGAAUCAGAAGAGGAGGAGGAAUCAGAAGAGGAGGAGGAUCCCAAAACUCCUCAUACGGAGGAUUCAGAAGAGGAGGAGGAUCCCAAAGCUCUCCAAGUUCCAGACAAGCAGAAUGCUGAUGGGAAGGUUCUUAUACGGCCCUGUGGUCUAGGGUGGGCUCCUAGCGCGGCGCCUGCUGCUGCGAUUAAACACGCCAUCCAGUCACACUUUCAGGGUCCUUUCUAUCGCUGGAGUGAGACCCCAGAGGAUGUAAGGGAAUAUUGGUGGAAGUUGUUUGGGGACAAGAUUGCUUGGGAUCCUCGUGAUCAUGUGUAUAUCAAAAAGACAUUUCAAACAAGAGGCGCAAAACGCCUUUCAGAUAUGCUCUCAAAAGUGAGGAAGAAGGGGACGAGACCUCAUUGGAUAUGUGAGGAGGCUUGGAAGGGUCUUAAUGUCCAUUGGGAGGGUGAAGCCUUUAUAAAGAUCUCUAGCCAAAAUAAGACCAAUCGUAAUUCGUGUAAAGGUGGAGCAGUCCACACCACAGGCCGCAAGGCUCAUGUUGAUGUGGCACUUAGCAUGGCUCAAGAACUUGGGCGGUCUGUGGAUCCCGAUGAGCUCUUUUUAGCCACCCAUAAAAGGAAGUCUGGCAAUUGGGUUGAUGACCGCUCUCAAACAACAUAUAAACAAUAUCACGAUCGUCUGAAGGAGGUACAAACACAAAAUGGUAAGGCCUCCCAGAAUGGGAUGCAGGAGAUAGACGGGGCGACGAAACUUGAAUUGUGGAAAGAGGUUGCUGGUGGAAAGAGUCGAGGUCGGUGUUAUGGCACUGCAGACUUUGCUUUAAACCUCCGGCGUGGUGUAACUUCGCUGACUCAGGAGUCUCGGGAACCUUAUAGUGGUGGGUGUGAUCAUGCUAUGCAUCUAGAGGCCAUUGAUGCAGUCCGUAAAGAAGCUGCCGCAGCACAUCAGGAGGCUGCUGCAGCACGUCAGGAGGCAGCCACAGCACGCCAGGAAGCAGCUGAGUCGAAACAACAUUAUCAGCUUUUGGAGGAGCAGUUGCGCAAAGUAAUGAAGCACAUGAAAGCUCUAGAGCGCCAAUCAGCAGGUGCUUUCACAAGUGUGAGUCAAGCUCGUAGGGCACGCCAAUCAGCAGGUGCUUUCACAAGUGUGAGUCAAGCUCGCAGGGGACAUCCUCGCUAUGAUGAUGACCAUUCACUAGAUGAGUUCUUAGCAGACCGUCGAAGAAAGAAACAUCUAGCUCUAAGGCGACAUCCUCAUUAUGAUGACGACUAUUCACUAGAUGAGAUCUUCCCAAACCGUCGCCAAAAACAUCAAGCUCACAAGAGACAUUAUCACUACGAUGAUGAGGAUUCGCUGGAUUCGCUCUUACCAAAGCAACAUCAAGCUGAAAGGGGACAUACUCGCUACGAUGAUGAGGAUUCACUAGAUGAGGUUUUACCAAAGCAACGUCAAGCUAAAAGGGGUCGUUCUCACUAUGACGACGACGACUCUCUAGAUGAGGUCUUACCAAAGCAACAUCAUGCUAAAAGGGGACAUCCUCACUAUGAUGAUGAUGACGAUUUGCCAGACGGGGUCUUGCCAAAGCAACAAGCUAAAAAGCGGCAUCCUCACUACGAUAAUGACGAGGAUUCGCUACAUGAGGACUUACCAAAGAAUCAUCAAGCUAAAAGGGGACGUUCUCACUAUGAUGUCGAAGACAAUUUGUUAGAUGGGGUUUUACCAAAGCAACCUCAAGCUAAAAAGCGUCAUCCUCACUAUGAUAAUGAUGGGGAUUCGUUACAUGAGGACUUACCAAAGAAUCAUCAAGCUGAAAGGGGGCAGCCUCGCUAUGAUGAUGAUGACGAUCUGCCAGAUGGGGUUUUACCAAAGCAACGUCAAGCUAAAAAGCUACAUCCUCACUAUGAUAAUGAUGAGGAUUCGCUACAUGAGGACUUACCAAAGAAUCAUCAGGCUAAAAGGGGACGUCCUCUUUAUGAUGACACCGAUUCACUAGACGAGGUCUUACCAGCCCGUCGCCGUCGUCAUUACCGUAGUUGAGUUUGGUUUUGAUUUCUUUGAUAUGUAUUUUAAACUAAGAUGUACCUUUGUGUUGACGUACUGUACUACGAUGGUUAUUAUUUCCAGUUUGGACUUGUGGUUUAUAUUUAAAUCGGUUUUAGACACUUUGAUAUUUCCA